GUCAAAGAAGUGAUACGUACAAGUAAUUUUUUUUUAUUGCUCCACUCUUUGCACAAGUGUUUCUCAGUUUUUAUUUAUUGCCAUUUCUUCGCGUCUGUUCGUAAUAUUCGUUAAAGAAAUUUCUUGUUAUAAGGAAAAUCAACGAAAAAAGUAAGAGAAGAAAACAAAAGCAAUUAAAGCAGUCAGUGCAUAUGUAUUGUUCAUGGAAAAAAAUACAAGUGGGAUUCUACGAAAUAGGACGUACAAUUGGAGUGUUGAGAAUUUUCCAAGAGAACGAAGGCUGUUCCUAAAAACGCUACGUAAUUUCGUGCAACUACGUUAGGGGUGACGAAUCCAAGUGGUCUAGAGAAAGACAGAAAAACGGAGAAUAGGAGGAGAAACAAAGACGGCAAGAAAACAAAGAGAGAGGGAAAGAAAAGAAAGAGGAAAAAGGUGAUGACAUGCGAAUUUCCUCUCGAAUCGCCUAUCGCAUCGUGAUCAAUAGACUGUGAUAUAACUUGUACAUAUUUUAUAUUAUUUUAACAUCGUCUCGUUUGGGCAAAACGACAGCAAGGGAUCGAUAUGACGAACACCAUGGCAGAAAAAAAUGGCGACAUCCAAAACUCAGAUAAAUCAUCUUUAGUGGAGUCAACAUUACUUCCAAAAACCCAGUCAGUUAACCAGUUGGAAGAUGGAAGACCUGAGCUUGCAACCAACAGUGGAUACAGCGAUGAUGGAAAUGGUCGAAAUGUUAGUGGAAGUGUCAUCAAACAAGUUCUGGCAGCAAUAGUAGCGCAACUUGGGACCAUUAACACUGGUAUGACUUUUGGUUUUUCUGCCAUUGCACUACCACAACUUCAGGAACAAAAUAGCACCAUUCCUAUCGUCGAGGGAUCAUCCGAAGAAUCAUGGAUCGCGAGUAUGUCUUCCAUUGGAACUCCCAUUGGUUGUUUAGUGUCUGGAUAUAUGAUGGACGUACUUGGAAGAAAACGAUCUCUCAUUAUUACUGAGAUUCCAGCAUUACUUGGAUGGAUAUUAAUUGCAUUAGCAACUGAUAUUCGUAUGAUAUAUGCUGGAAGAUUCUUCGUUGGACUUGGAUCGGGUAUGGUAGGCGCUCCAGCACGCGUCUAUACUGGAGAAGUAACACAACCCCAUCUACGAGGAAUGUUGACUGCUUUUGCAAGUAUUGGAGUCAGCACUGGUGUUCUGAUCGAGUAUGCAUUAGGAAGCGCACUUACAUGGAACGUCUGCGCAGCUAUUAGUGGAAUUAUACCUCUUGCCGCUCUGCUGUUAAUGUUUCUCUUUCCUGAGACACCUUCAUACCUCAUAUCUCGUAGUAGACCUGAAAAGGCACGAAAAGCGUUACGACAAUUUCGCGGUAGUACAUAUAAUAUUAAUCAGGAAAUGGAAACACUUAUUAAUUUUUCAAAUAAGAAUAAUAUUAAGCGUUUAACAGGAUUCCGUGAGAUAAUUAGCGCCCUUUUAAAGCCUAAUGCUGUCAAACCUUUUACUGUCCUAUUCUUGUACUUCUUAAUAUACCAAUGGUCAGGUACAAAUGUCAUAACUUUUUAUGCUGUUGAAAUUUUUAAAGAUUCAGGAGCAACGUUAAAUAAGUACUUAGCUGCAGUAAUUCUCGGAAUAGUAAGAUUAAUAUCAACGGUUGCCGCUUGUAUCUUGUGUAGAAAGUGUGGCCGAAGGCCCCUUACAAUGAUUUCUUCCAUCGGUUGUGGACUUUCCAUGGUAGGAUUAGGUGGAUAUAUGUGGCUGAAAAAUAACUGGGAUGCAAAUAAUUUUACACCUGUUGCUACUUGGUUCCCUGUCUUUUGUAUAUUUGCAUAUACUGUAACUUGCACACUUGGUUUUCUUGUUAUUCCUUGGGUAAUGAUAGGCGAGGUAUAUCCAAUACAAGUACGCGGUAUUAUUGGAGGUUUAACUACAAUGGCAGCCCACUCUUUUAUUUUUACAGUAGUUAAAACGUAUCCGUUCCUAGCUAACGCACUUACUCGGCACGGUACUUUCAUCCUUUAUGGUUGUAUAUCUUUAUUCGGCACGAUAUAUUUUUAUCUAUGUCUUCCCGAAACUAAGGGUAAAACUCUUCAAGAAAUAGAAGAUUACUUUUCUGGUAGAAACAAUAACUUAAGAACCGGAAGUAUAGGUAAACAUAAGCCAAAGGUAUUAGAAGUAAAAAAGGGUCACAUAUUGCCUUGAAUAACUCAUACAGUGAACAUCUUAAUAAAAUUAAAUUAAUAAAUCUGUCUUCCAUUGAACAA